CCCAUUGAUUGUAUUGAUGUAGUUGUAACAUAUAUAUACUAUGUAGUUGAUGAUAGUUGAUGAUAGUUCGCGCUAUAAAAAAUUUGGCAGCACUUCAAUUUUCUAAAAAUUGACUGCCAGUUCUAUAAUCAAUAGGUUAACCAAACAAGGGUAGGAGCAAGAUGAGUUUCAAUCUACCUAAUCCAAGUCUAUUGGGGAUACUACUAGUGAUAUCCACGCAUAGUGGUCCUCAAUUGAUUUUCAAAUACCCUGAUGAUCUAUCGUCAAAUCAAAUAGGAGAAAAGAUAAAUAGUACAUCUAUGACUUCCAAUAACGAUCUUGAUAAUAGUUCAGAUGAAGAAUUGGUGGAUUUCGAUGAUUAUGAAAUCCAAUUAGAACAAUUGAAACAAGAUUCAGAUAAAUCAAACGAACUCUCAUCUCAUUCUCAUCUCCAAGAUCUUCAACAUCAAGAUAGUCAACCUAAUCUUCAACCUGAUAAUUCAGCUUUAUAUUAUGAAGAUCCAAAUGUAUCAAAUUUAGAUUCUCAAUAUAAACUGGGGAAUUACCUUUAUUAUCAAUGGGAUUAUACGGAUAAUUUGAAUUUCCAUAUGGAUAAUACCAAAGAUAUCAUUCUGUUUCUUAGUGAAUUGGAAUUAAAAAGAGAUCAAAAAUUUAAACUUCAACAACAACAACAACAACCAGUUACUACUUCCAAUCCAUUGUUAUCAUCUCCUACAUUAUCAGGAAAGAAGAAACUCAAACAAUUACAAAAGACUCAAUCAUUAACAAAGACAAAUUCAAACGUUCCAAGUAUACCGUCCACUACAUCCAAUUCAAUCCCUGGAUUAUCAUCAUCAAUCACAAAUUUACUUCAUUCUAAUCCAAAUGCCCAAACUACAUCUACAACUAAUACCAACACUGACUUAAUCUUUGGUAUUGAACCAUCUUAUUUAUGUGAAAUGUUGGCUCCUCCUAAAAAAAUGUGUAAUACUAGAUUUGAAACUGCAAUUAAUAAUAAAGUAUUCUUAGGAUUACCGAUUCAUAAAUAUGAUAAUGGGAAUUGGAGAUUAAAGAAUAAUUCAAAUUCAAAACGUCAUCAUAAAUCUCAUAAGAAGAAACAUUCAAAGAAAGAUAGUACUAAGGAUGAGAAAGAUACGGGGGAUGGGAAAGUUAAACAUAUUUCAAGUUUUAUAAAUAAUGAUUAUGUUAAUGAAUAUAAUGUUGACGAUAAUAAUGGUAAUGACAAUAAUAAUGAAAAUGAUGAGGAUGAGGAUGAACAACCUAAAUCAAAACUCAAUAUGAAUAUGUUUCACUUGGUAUUCAUUAUGAAUCCACCUGUUAUAGAACGGAAUUAUCGUAUUGAUGAAAUGUUUCAUUUCGUUAUAUCGAAAUUAACGUUAAUCUUAAGAUAUGAACAACUGAAAUCUGAUUUCAUAUCGAAUGAAAUCAAAUCAAUCUUAACAAUCAAGGAACAACAUUCUAAGGACUUCUCUAAUAAUGAGGGGUUAAUGACUUCUUUAUUAAAUAAAUCUUCAUUAUGUAAAAUCAUUCAAGAUUGUUAUUUAUCAAUAUCCCAAUCUAAAAUCGCUAAUUUAUUAAUCAAUAAUAAAUUAAGAUCUUUUCAAAUCCCGAUAAAGACAGAAUUUCAUUCAUUACCUGAAUCAUCUGUCCCUUUCAUUCCUGGUUCUCAUCUCUCAUCGAUUGUUAAUUUAUUAAGUAAUACCGGUUUGAUUAGUAUUGGGGAAACUACAAGAUAUGGAAGUCAAUAUAAUAAUAAUAAUGGUAGUAAUAUAAAUUAUAAUUCUAACCCUCAACAUUUCCAACCCCAACAUCAACAACAAUUACAACAACAGCGAUCAAGAGAUGAUGAAGAAGAAGGUAAUGAUCCAAGUGAUGAUAUAAUUUACUUUGCCUUGUUAUUAUUAGAUGAUCCUGAAUCGAUUAUAAGAGAUAUUAAAACUGAACUGGAAAGUUCAUUAGCUAAUUUCAUUCGAACUAUUAAUCCAACUGAAUCAUUAAUUAAAUUAUCACUUCGAAAUAAUAAUUCAUUAGAUAUAGUACAAAUCAAAUCAUUUGCCUUUCAUUUAAUCUAUUGGAGAAGAGCAAGAGUCAUUCAACCAUUAAGUACCAGAUCAGUCUAUAUUGUAAGUCCUAUGGCACCCAUCACGAUUAAUUUAUUCGAUGAUAUAAUAAAAUUUAAAAAGGCAUUUCCUACCUUACCUUCUUUACCUCAUUUUUUAAAAUUAUUAAGUCCCCAAUCAAAGAAACCAUCACAAUUCGCUACCAUCAUUCCAUCUAAAGAUCAUCGGGAUAUUUAUCUUGAAGCUUUAAGUUGGUUAAUACGAUAUGGAUAUGUUACUCAAUUGCAAACGUUUAUUUGGUUAAAGAUUUCGAGAAAGAUUAAAAUUAAAGUUGAAGAAGAUUUAGAAAAUGAAAAUUUAAAUCGAAAACGAUCAAGUUUAUCAUCUAAUUCGAAAUCAAAAUCAAAGAAUCCUAUCGGUGGAACUGAUAAUACGUCGAAGACUACGGAUAAAAAUGAUAAGAAUGAUACAACCGAUAAUAAACUUAUUGAUAAAGAUCGUAAACUCGGGGAUGGUGACAAUAAUAAUACCAAAUCAGAUGAAGAUAAAGAAAUUGAGAAUAUCAAACAACGAUUACAAUCAAAUUCCAUUGGAGGACCUCGAGUGACAUUAGAAGAUGAAGAUGAUACUAUCAUUCUUGAUCCUGGCAGAGCCACGGCUUUAGAAAGAAGAUGGAUUAAUAAAAUCGUUUAUGAAGAAAGUAAAUUAUCUCCUGAAUUAAUCAAAAUAUUUUAUAAAUUAUUAAAGUAUAUGAAUGGUAAAAGUCCCUUAGAAUUAUUAUUAUUAAAGGAAAAUAUUUCUAGAGGGGAUUUACGAAAAUUAUUAUUCGCUAUUGAAGAUCAUAUUAUAUCAGUUAGACAUUGGUAAGAAUAUUAUAUGUACAUUUAUAAGACUCUAUAGACAAACACUAUGUAAAU